GUUUGUGGUGACCCAUAACUCUUUCGCGCACAAGAUGGCAAGUCGAUUCUGGGGCGGGUCGUCGUCCGAGUCGGGAAGCGACAACGAAAGCUCUGGUUCGGAAGUCGAAGAUGUAAAACUGCAGGCCAACCGCUGGGACGUGGACUCGGAAUCCGAGUCCGACGACGACGUCCGUGUGGUCGUGUCGGCCAAGGACAAGGCGCUGCAAGCGUUGCAGUUGUCGGUCGACUCGAUCAAGCGGUUUUUGAAAAUCCACGACUGGAGCAAGAUCCAAACCGAGUUUGACGCGAUGGCAAAGCAAAUGGACAACGCCAAGGCGAAGCAAGCGAUUGCACAGAACGGAUUCCCCAAGUACUACAUUCGGUGCAUGGCGCAAUUGGAAGACGAGGUCACGGACAAGCUCAAGAACAAAUCGGACAAGAAGAUGAGCAAGGAAAACUCAAAAGCCUUGAUUCGUAUGAAGGGCAAGAUCAAAAAGCACAACGAAUCCAUCGCAAAAGAAUUGGACGCGUAUCGCAAGGACCCGUCGGCGUAUGAAAGCGAAGAAGAAGCGAGUGACGAUAGCGAUGACAGCGACGACGACGAUAGUGACGAAGACGAUGACAGCGAGGACGAAGAUGAUGAAGAUGACGACGACGGAGACGAAGACGAAGCCGACGGGAGCGACGAUGACGAGUCGGAAGAUGAAGACGAUGACGACGAAAGCGACGACUUUGGCGACAGCGACGACUCAUCGAGCUCGUCCAGCGAAGACGAAAAGGCAUUCGGGGAACUGAAAGGGCGUGCUCGCUGGUUGAAGAAGGUCCCAACCACAAACGAAGCGACCAAGAAAACUCGUGUCAAGCCCACGCGCGGCCCCAAAGAAAUUAAGGAGCGUGAAGUGCGCAAGACCGUCGUCGAAGAAGACUUGAAGCUCGGCAAGAAGGGCUUUGACAACAAGAUCAAGGAAGUGAUUGCGCUGCGCGGGAAGCGCGGCACCGACCUCGGCGAACAACUCACAACAUUGCGCAAGCUCGUGAACUACGCGCGCCGCCUUGGCCCCGCUCGUGAAAUCGUUGCCACCAUGCAUAUGGUCGGGACGCAAAUGUUUGACACGAGCUCUAAAAUCGACAAAGUGCUGUCCACACGUCUUUGGAAACUCGUCCACUCCGAUUUGCUCAACAUUCUGGACCUUCUCGAGCGCAACCCUGGCUUCACUUUGGCGCCGUUAACGUCCGAAGAUCAAGCCGACCUCAUCCGUGCGGGUGCUAACAAGAGCAAGGAAGUCGUUGAGGACGAUGAAGACGACUUACCUGGCCAAGAUCACUUGCCUGCUGCCGGUGGCAAGGGUUUGAUCAAAGUGUCUGGCGAUCUCGCGGCCUUUGUCGAGCGUCUGUCUGACGAAUACACAAAGAGCUUGCAGCAGAUGGACCCACACACGACUGAGUACAUUGGUCGGUUGUACGACGAAGCUCUCUUGAGUGGCGUCGCCAAGCGCGUGCAAAACUACUUCAAACGCCAACAAGAUCACGCCCGUGGUGCCGCUGUCGCGCUCAUCCAAGCCGAACUCAUGUACUACAAGCACGAUUCCAUCGCAAAUGCACUGCAUGUGUCGAACGCGAAGCGCGCCAUCUACGGCGAACCGUCGCUCCUCCAUCCUGCGUGUGAAAGCGCGUCGGCCAAGCCGUUGAAGACAUUUGAUGCGACUGUGGUGCACCCUGCGUCGGUUCUAGGCCAGCCCCACGUCGAUGUCCCCGCUGUCGACGUCGAAAAGGACCUCGCUGAGCUGUGCUUGUACGUGUAUAAGCAUGCGGACGACCGGUCCAAGACACGUGCCAUGCUGUGCCACAUUUACCACCACGCGUUGCACGACCGCUUCCACGAAGCUCGUGACUUGCUCUUGAUGUCCCAUUUGCAAGAAACGAUUUUGCACACGGACAUUGCGACGCAAAUCCUGUUCAACCGCAUGAUGGCCCAGCUCGGAUUGUGUGCGUUCCGCCUCGGUCUAAUUUGGGAAGCCCAUGCGUGCUUGAGUGAAAUCUGCACGGGGUCCAAGACCAAGGAACUCCUCGCCCAAGGCAUGGCAUCGUUCCGUCAUCAAGAACGCAAUGCCGAUGAAGAACGCCUCGAGAAGCGCCGCCAGGUUCCGUACCACAUGCACAUCAACUUGGAAUUGCUCGAGGUCGCUCAUUUGACGUCGGCCAUGUUGCUGGAAGUCCCCAACAUGGUCCUCUCGCGCACGCAAGACCGCCGCCGCGUCAUCUCGAAGGCGUUCCGCAAGCUGCUCGAGUUUCACGAUCGCCUGGUGUUUGUUGGACCCCCGGAGAACACGCGCGACCACAUUGUCGCAGCCGCCAAGUUUUUGUCGCAAGGGCAAUGGCAACGCAGCGUCGACCUCAUUUGCGGGUUGCCGGUGUGGGAGCUGCUUCCGGGGAGUGGCACUGCACAAAAGGUCAAGGCGCUUGUCCAACACAAGAUCCAAGUCGAGUCCCUUCGAUCGUACUUGAUGGCGUUCUCGGAAGAAUACGACGCGCUCAACCUCACGCAUCUCUGUGCCAUGUUUGAGCUUGACUCGAAGACCGUGCACUCUGUUGUGUCCAAGAUGAUGAUCAACGAAGAGCUUCAAGGCGCGUGGGACCAAGGGUCUCAGUCGAUCGUGCUGCACAAAGUUGAGCGCACGCGGCUGCAGCAACUUGCGCUUCAGUACAGCGACAAGAUCGGCAUGAUUGUCGAAAACAACGAGCGCAUGCUAGAUUUGCGCGCCGCGUCGGCCAACCUCAGCACCAACCCGAAGGAACACCACGACAACUCGUACCAGCGUCGCAAUGACAACCGCAAGUACGACAACAGCUCCAAGGGAGGCAACCAGACCACCAACUCGUCGUCAUCGCAGUCGUCCGGUGGGGUCCGGGGGAACCAAGGCGGGCGAAAACCCCAGGGUGGCAACGCCGGCAAGUCGUCCAACUAUGCAGGCAAGUCGGCCCAACAAAGGUGGUAGAACGAAAUUUAGAGCGUAUUGUUUGCA